AUGGUUUCAACCCGUGGUCAUAACACGAAAUACAAAUUUUGCGAUGGCGAAAAGGUGCUCUGCUACGAGCCGGAUCCGACCAAAGCGAAGGUCCUGUACGAUUCAAAGGUACUGGAAGUAUCUGAAGGUAAAGACAAACGGGGCCGGCGUGUCGUAGAGUAUUUGAUACACUUCCAGGGUUGGAACUCAUCCUGGGAUCGGAAAGUGAGUGAGGAUUUCAUCCUGAAGGACACGGAGGAGAAUCGACAGCUGCAAAAGGAUUUGGCGGAAAAAUCGCAGCUUUACCAAGGUGGUUAUUUGUAUCGGAAGGAGCGAAAAAAACAACGCGCCAAAAGUUUAACCGAUCGUAUUGAAAGCUUAACGAGUGCCAAGGCGCAACCGAUCAAUCCGUCGUCCGAAGAUGGAAGCUCGUGCAGCAACGGUUUUAGCAGGGACGACAAUGAAUACAACAUGGAUGACAUGGAUGAAUAUUAUAGCAGCUCGGUUGAGAGCUCGCACGAGGAAGAAAAAGUUUACCUUCAAGCCGGUAGUAAGUUCCGCAAGCAUCUCGACCUAGAUCAGCACCUCAUAGUGUCCGAUGGUAUGCUGGUAGAACUACCAGCAAAGCUUCCAGUGGUGACGAUAUUAGAAGAUUUCGUACGCUACUACACCAUUCGCCAACUGUUCGAGUGUGGUCAUCAGGAGCAAACAAAAUCUAAUCGGCGGCGCAACAGCUCUGCCCUUCGCAGCGAGCACAAAAUACGAGACUACGAGCAGAUACGUACGAACGUAGAACUGUGCAAAGAGGUGGCAGAUGGGUUGCGCGUAUACUUUGACUUCACGCUUCAGGAUUACCUGCUGUAUCCGCAGGAAAAGGGACAAGCUCAGCUCGUUCUGGCCGAAGAGAACCUUCGUAGCUUUACCUACAUUGCAUCGCAGAAUCUGUCCCUGGACAUGCUUACGGUACGACUCGAGUCACCUACGGUAGAUAUGCAUCAACCGCUGAGCGAACAUUCCGACCACCAGUCAACAUCGGCUACUUCCGCCGAGGAACGUCGUCGCAGACGAUUGCGCUCGCACAAAAACGAAGAGAACGAGUUUGUGUUGGAUUUCGGUGCCUUGCAGCAGAGUACGGUCGUUGCAUCCGGCCAGCAAGGACACCCCAUUCAACCGAGCGUUGCGAUGGAAUGUACCGGCAAUCUUUCACCAUUUGGUUCGAGCCUGAACAUUCUGCGAUCCGUCAUUCCGCAGAACGUGACCAUUUCGCGGGAAGCCAAAGAGAUACUAGACGACGUGUUCCGGUGGCGCAUUCUACCAUCGAAUGCACCGGCCGAACCGUCCAUGAUCUACGGCGCGGUUCAUCUGGCACGGCUCAUUGUAAAGUUGCCAGAAUUUUUGUCCGCUACGGCAAUGGCAGACGAGAAGUUGAAGCUCCUGCUCAAGUUCUUGGACGUAUUUGCCGAGUUCAUCGAAGAACACGAGGAAUGGUUCGGGAAGCAAUUUUACUUCAGCUUAAGGGACAAUGAAGGGGUAUGA